AUCAAUUUACACAAGGUUCAAAUAGACUCGUAAUGCUGUGUAUUAUUUCGCCUGUUGUUUUAAAAAUAUUUCAUUAAUAUUGACAAAGGGAGUGUGAUUAUUGUGUAGCUUGAAGUGAAAGUGUUUCAUUAGACGUGUCCUCCCGUGAACCUCGUCGAAACAGGCUCUCGUUUUCAUAUUUUAUGAUAUAAUGACAGUUUUGUCUAAUUUUAAUACAUGAUGGACAUUCUUACCUGUAUGCUUUUUUUGUCAAUAGUGGUCGCUGAUGGGUUCAUUGUGCGCGGUCCUUCUGGUCCUCUUGCUGCUCCUCUGGGAUCUUCAGUGGUUUUGCCCUGUUAUGUUGGUAAACCUUUACCAAUGGACGAUCUGGAGGUGGAAUGGAGAAGAGCAGACUCGGAGACUCUGGUCCAUUUGUUUCUGAAUGGUGAGAGUCGGCCAGAGGCUCAGCAGCAGGAUUAUCAUGAAAGAGCUCAUUUCUUUACUGAUCAGAUCCAACAAGGAAAUUUCUCCCUCCGUCUGGACAAUCUGACAGCUGAAGAUGAGGGACGAUACACAUGUAAAGUUGACAGUCAACAGGGUUCUGGAGAAAUUAUGGUUCAAAUAAAACGUGAACGUUUGAUAGUGUCAGGAUCAGAUCAGUCUGUGUCUGCAUAUGAUGGUGAAGACGUCACUCUGAGCUGCUCUGUUGAUUCUCACGUCCCACUUGAAGACAUUGAGGUUUCAUGGAUAAGAACAGAUGGAGAUAUUCCAGUUCUGCUCUUCCAAAACAAUGGGACUUUACAAGAGGCAUCAGAUGAACAGUACAACAACAGAGUUGAGUUCUUUACAGAUGAAAUCACCAAAGGAAACUUCUCUCUCAGACUGAAGAGUGUGAGAACUGAAGAUAAAGGAGUUUACAUGUGUCAAGUGUUUGCUGGAGGACUUUCAGCCAAUGCAACUGCAGUACUGGAGCAACUGGGUUUCUCUUCUUGGCACAUAGCUGUGUUGUUUUUCUGUUUUGCUGCUGGAUUUGGAGCUGUGAUUCUGCUCUGCUGUCUGAUCUACUGCAGAUCAAAUAACACAGUCACCAACAACAAAAUCUGGAAUCUUCAGUUUUCUCUGGUCUUUUGUCCAAACAUCUGUAUGUUCCUCGCUUUCAUCCUUUGGGGCUUUACUGAAGGAUCUCUGCAUGAGACUGUCCCUUGCUGUGCUCUUUAUAUUCUGAAACCUGUUAUGUUGAUUUGGGCUUUGCCUUAUUUAAAGUAUCUACAAGACAACCUUAAAACAUGGAUUAGGUUUUUCAAAAUAACAGGAGAGUUUGCUGUUCUUGCAGUUGUUGUUUAUUCAGUUCUUUUUAAUUAUGCCUGGAGAAAGAGAGCACAUGAUACAGACUCCGAACCUCGCAUAGCGCUUGGAAUAUACUUUGGCUUUUUUGUGCUGAUUUGUCUCUCCUUGAGUGGAGUGGACCUAAUAAGGCAUCCCAAUCAAGAGCGGCCAAGAGGGGCUUCUUCUUGCAGGCAAACUCUAGAUUUUAGAUUCAUCUGUUUUCUUUGUUUGUCUGCAUUCCAAUUGCUCCAGCUGAUCGUCUCAUUAGGACUUCCCUCUUUAGCGUAUUUAACCUUGCCAGUUGCUCAUCCACUGCUGCUGUACUGUAUACCAUUUUUAUCUUUUCUGCAAACAAAACUGAACUUUCUCCGCCAAAAAUGGAUAACAAUAUUGUGGAUAAUAAUGGUAACACUCCUGGAUUUCAUCCUAGUGAUUUAUGCUCAUCUAAUCUUAUUUGAAAGGGAGAAAGAGUACUUGGAAUGGACCUGUGUAAUUUUAUUUCUUGAAGUUCUGAAGAUAACAGCCUUUGAAUACUGUGUGCAAGAAAAACAGCGUUCAAGAGUCCAGGGACAGCGACAACAGACUGAGAUAAGCCAACAAGGAUCAAAUGCAUUGCCUCUCUUUAAUGAAAUCAUUUACAUGUUCGGAGCAGUUGGUCUUGUUUUGUUGAACUCUGUUACGCUGACAGCAGAACUGAUCCUGAAAGCACGAAAUGGUGAGCGUGUCAUGAAGGAUUUGAGAGUCAUUGUCUUCCCAUCUGAAUGUGUUUUUGCCUUAUAUUGGCUGUUUUUACAAAUGCAUGCUUUAUGGAGGAUUGUUACAGCUCAAUCUACACACAAUCAAAGGAACUUGCAUCAAAGAGGUCAAAUCAGGAACACACCAGAGAGGAAUGAAAUGGGCAUUCUGUCUCCACCUGAUACUGAUGUUUCACAGACACAGAUAAGAGGGGGUCCUCUGGAGUAGGCUAAAAGCCAAAAAAAAAAAAAGAGACUGAAAGCUAAAUUGUAAAGAAGAGGGUUUGAUGACAUAAACAAAUGCCAUGUAUACCCCGCAAGGUUGUCAAUUGAAGUUUUAGGUGUGUUUGAUUGGAACUGGCCCUGCACAGACAGAUUGGUGUUUGAUAUCAAAUUAUUGCAAGAACUAUAGAGAGCAGACAGCUCUGCAUACUUUCAAGUUACACAUAGGUCCAUAAAAUAGUCUGUAAAACUGGCAUAAAAAUUUGAAGCUUGGAAGCACAGACUUAGGUUUGGUCUCAUUUUAAAGAAGACCCAUGGCAGAUUACUGAUGAAAUAGAAAAACUUUAAAUAGUGAAAUAACAAAAGUUAUAGAGAUUUGAGUUUAUGAAAAUGCUUUUAUAUAAAGUAUAUUUUAUAUUUUAUGUAAGAUAUAUACUUUAAGAAACAUUUUGAACUCUAAUCCUGCUAGAAAAUCAAAGCCAUAAAUCUAAACAAGCCGUGUUCCCAAUUUGAGGUUAAAAAUGAGCUUUCAGUAAGUUUUUUUUUUUUUGGCUCAGUGUCAAAUUUCCCCCAUAAGAUGGCAGCAAAACUCCGCUGGUGCACACAGUGGUUGGAUUUGUGAUUUGCAGUAGAGUUUUUCUCUCUUAAAUAUUACAAGAACAAACACAUUUUUUGACACACAUACAAACCACACUCUGAUAUCCAUACCAACACACCCACACAAUUAUAGCUGCAUUAUUUAUCCACUUGGCUCUAUAAUAUGCAAAAUCAAAAAACAGGAAUAAAGCAAGUAUUUGCUUUAUAGGCCAAACCUGAAAAAAAUGGCACCAUCUAGGUAAAAAAUAGUAAAAAAAUAAAAUUUCAAAGCCUUGCCAACAGCAUGAACAAUAUUUUAUAUUAAAUAUAUAUUUUAUGAAAUAUGUUGAACCUGCUGGAAAAUAAAAUGAAUGGCACUGUGAUUAAAAAUACCAGUUUUAAUGGGUUUCAAUGGGGACAUUUUUGUCCAAAAGGUGCUGAGUGUAACAAUUUUUUGUACCUAGUGCAAAAUAGAUUUAUUAAAGGAAAUGGAGGUGAAAUAGUAAAACUCCAAUAAAAAUACAGACCUGUGCCAAAAUGUAUGCAGCUGGCAAUAACACCGGCAAAAUGAUCACAAAAAACAAGACUGAAAAGGACAAAAAUGUCCAAAAGGGUGCACAAAGGUUAAAUGUAGAAACAAGCAGUGUGCUGUGGAUGUUUUAUGUUUAUGUUUUGUUAUGUUUUAUUAUGUUUUUAUUAUAGCACGAGUAAAAUCUUUAGUUUGCUGUAAGGUAAACUGUCAUAUUAGUAGAUUUGUCAUAUAAGGGAAAACUGAGCCACAUUUAGCAUGUUACGUUAAAUAAUUACAGACCGGAUCCAAUGUCUAAACAAGCAGAAUAGCCUGCAUCUCUUGUCAUUGAUGAAUAUUAGUAUGUUUAUUUUGUUUAUGCUCUGUUUAUUUUAUUUAGUUUCUAUGUAUACUUCUCUUUUUAAAUUUUAUUUAUUUGUGUUACAUGUGUAUGAAUUUACUCAAGCUCACUUGCACUCGUAUGUAACAUUUGAAAUGAACCAGCAGUUUGUAAAGUGUCUCAGUUACUACAGUUUGUGUGAGUGUGUAAGUGCAAUAAUAAAUGUCGAGAAUGCUUUA